AUUAUAUUGACAUUGACAUAUUUAUUUGUGUUGAAUUUUCAAUUGUUGACAUUUGUCAUUUGACAUCCCGAUGAUAAGUGAUAACUUAUUGUGAUAACAAUUUAGAAAUUGUGCAAAAAAAAAUAAAAAUGUCAUCCAAAACAUUCCAAGGUGUUGUGGAUAGAUAUAAUGGGGUAACCGUGGACUCUCACGAAGAACCAUGUGAUCCAAAUCAAUUUUUAAAUCAGUUGUUAGCUUCUAUAAAGGAAUGGGAAGAAGAAAAUAGAAGAUGCAUUUGGUUUAAGAUUUACAUCAAUGAUGCAGCCCUAAUACCAAUUCUUGCAAAUGAGGGCUUCAACUUCCAUCACUCAAGAAAUGAUUUUGUUAUGAUGUACAAGUGGUUACCAAAAAACAGUACAGCUAACUUACCACCAGCUUGUCAUACAAAUCUAGGAGUUGGAGGUUUAGUUUUGAAUGACAAGAACGAAAUGCUUGUAGUGACAGAAAAGCAUUUUGAAUAUCCCCAUUGGAAACUCCCUGGAGGAUAUGUUGAAAGAGGUGAAGACAUCAAGGAUGCAGCCAUACGAGAGGUGAAGGAAGAAACUGGUAUUGAUGCCAUUUUUGAAUCAAUGGUCACCUUGAGACACACCCACAAUGCAAUGUUUGGCAAUUCAGAUAUUUAUGUUGUAGUUUUAUUAACAGCUACCUCAACAACAAUAACAAAAUCAGAGUUGGAAAUAAAAGAUUGUAAAUGGAUGAGUGUAGAUGAGUUUUUAAAUCAUCCACAUGCUCAUGAAUUUAAUAAAUUUAUUGUUAACCAAGCACUUGAUUUAAAGGAAAGAGGAAUUAAAUUCAAUCUUCAAAAGAGUAAUAUUACUGUUGGGACGUGGUCAAGAGCUAUCACCUCACUUACCAUAGAAAAUAUUUCAAAAAUUUAAAACAUUUUACAAUUUUUAUUAAACAUACUAAGAAGAGUAAUUUAAAAUUUUAAGUAAUUUGCUACCUCAAUAAAAAUAUUCGCAAUUAUAUUAUAUGAAAUGUAAAUGGUUACAAAUAUACAGUAAUUUACUUUUAUUUAAAAUGUAAGUGUUGUAAAUAUCGUAAAAUGUUAGAGGUGAUUCUAAUUAUAUAGUAUCUUAUUUAAUAAAAAUUAACAAUUUGUUGGCUUCUAAAAGAAUCGACAAUGAACUGUGAUCAUAUAUUUGUAAUAACUCCUGCUUGUUAAUACUAGAUGACUAUAAAAAUUAAAAUAUUUAAUUGUCUUUUUUUUGUGACAACUAUAUCAUUAGAUAAAGCAAGAACUUAAUAAUCAGCAAAAAAAUUGUUAAUGUUGACAUGUUAUUAAUUAUUUAUUUACAAAAUGUACAAUUCUAACACAGGACACAUACCUAUAUUAUUAUUUUGUACUUUUGUAAUUACUUAAUACCAAAUAUGGGUAAUUCUGUUUUUAUGAUGAAAAACAAAGUGAAAUUUUAACAUUUAUUAUAAAGGCAGCUAUCAACCUGUAACUAGGCUAUCUGAUAGUAAAUGGGCUGCUUAUAGACAUUGACAUUGUAAGAAUUGUUAAAAAUUCCUUAUAUCACUAAUGCACCAGUAACUUUGGAAACUAAGAUAUCAUGUCUCUUGUGUCUGUAGUUACACUGGUUUACUCACCCUUCAAACUGGAACACAACCAUACUAAGUAUCUAUUGUGUAGGUGGUAUCUACUCAGACAGGCUUGCAAAAUUCUACCUUUAUUUAUUA